UUUAUGUUUCUACUCUGUUUCUUUUUAUGUUUCUACUUUGUUUCUUCUCUCUUUGUUUCUUCUUUUGUUUUUUUUCUCCCUAACCUGCUGGCAGUAAUACACGAAGCCCUAGGAGCAGAGGCUGUGAGAGCAAUGUUAUGUGUGCACUGAGCUGUACAGACUUUCAAAAGAAUCCUUCAGCACUCUGGCCAUUGCCCGUCCUGUACCGUCAUAUGCCAUUCUGUUGAUACACUUGAUUCUUCUCUGACACCUUGCAGUUCUUUGGCUGGCUUUUCUUUCCUUGGAGCAGAGGAAGCUUUUUUUAAAGCCUCUGCCUGUUGUGGAACACUGUGCGUUUGGCUGUGGCAGAUAUGAACACUGUCCGUCGAAGCCCCUGGCGCGGCUUUGUGUGCAAAUGCACUUCAGACCAUCUCUCUGGUGGUGAGCAUCCUCCAGAAGAACAGAGCCAUCAGCUGGAGGCUCUGAAGGGGCAGAAGCCGAGAACCGAACGUUUCAGUUCUGACUUGUCGCUGGCUGGCAGAAAGGGAAAAAGGGGAUGCGUGUCCUUUCUGUGUUACUGAGAUGUGGUGGCACAGCUGGAGCCAUCCUGACCUGUCCCCUGGAGGUGGUGAAGACACGUCUGCAGUCAUCCCAGCUGGCCCUGCGGCCUCUGUGCCUCUCGGAGCUCCAGCUGCCGGAGGUGAGCGUGAGGCUGACGAACCCCAACCCACCGGCUCCUGGAGUGCUCAAGCUGCUGCGGGCCAUCCUCGAGAAGGAAGGCAUGCGAUCCCUGUUCCGAGGUUUGGGUCCAAACCUUGUUGGCGUUGCUCCUUCCCGGGCUAUAUAUUUUGCUGCCUAUUCUGGUGUUAAGGAGAAGCUCAAUGCUGUCCUUGUGCCAGAGUCCAAGAAAGUACACAUGCUAGCAGCAGCCAGUGCAGGCAUUACUUCUGCCACACUUACCAACCCUAUCUGGUUAGUGAAAACCAGGAUGCAGCUGGAAGCCAGGGCGAAGGGGGAGAUGGCCAGCAAUGCCCUCCAAUGUGCCAUGCACGUGUACCACACUGAAGGCCUUUGUGGGUUUUACCGUGGUAUCACUGCCUCCUAUGCUGGAGUGUCAGAGACCAUCAUACACUUUGUCAUCUAUGAAGCACUGAAACAGCAGCUGAGAAACAGCCAUCAUUCCCUUUCCCCGCCGCUCACACUGUCAUCAAACAGCCAUGAUUUCUUUGGACUAAUGGGAGCUGCUGCUGUCUCCAAAACAUGUGCUUCAUGCAUUGCAUAUCCACAUGAGGUCAUUCGGACACGGUUGCGAGAAGAAGGGUCACGAUACCGUUCCUUUAUACAGACUCUGCAGCUUGUGGUCCAUGAAGAGGGACCCUUGGCUUUAUACCGAGGGCUCCUGGCUCAUUUGAUCCGCCAGAUCCCAAACACAGCUAUCAUGAUGGCUACCUAUGAACUCAUCGUACGCUUGGCCUCUUCCACCUCAUAAGCAUGCUGUAGCACCUGGCUGAGGCUGCUGUAGGGACCUCAUGGUCCUGAGACUUGUUUUUUUCAGUGCUCCAAGAGGUGGUGCUUUUUAUCAGAUAGCUAUCAGAACUGGGUCAGGCGUAGCAUCCUCAGGACAUAAGACUAUUUUGUGCAAUGUUUUUGGCUCCAAUGUGCACAGUGUACCCAUUCUUCUUUCCGGAGACUUGAAUUAUUCCAGUGUUUCAGGAUGUUAGGGCAGUAAUUUGACAGUUCCUGCCUUAAGCUCCUUGAAUGAAAAAAGGGCAUGGAACUUACUGGGAAGGAGACAAAGGAGAAAUCAUAAGAAUAUCUUAGACAGCCUCAGCAUGUUCACUUCUUUUGGACUCGGUAACAACCGUAUGUGGGCACAGUUGGACAUGAAGGCAGGCUAGAGCUGAGACAUCUGAGAGAACUGCAGCAAGCAGAGACCUUGCGCUGAAACCUUUCAUGCCCUCAGAGAGGGGCUCUUCCAUUCUCGCCUACUGUGCUACUGUCCUGCCCCUGAGGAAGAUUUCUCAACCUUGCUGCUACCAAAUGUCCUAUUGCAGAAUCUGCCCUUUGGUCCUUAAUGUAAUCCAUUGUUGCCCCGAGACAAGUCAGGCAGCUGGCAGCCUUGCAGGGUCUGAAUAACCAGACCAAGUUGAUGAAGCGAAGAAGCACACCCUGCUAUGAAGCACUACCCUAACAAACCAUGCUACUGGGCUCAUAGCUGUGCUUUGCCAAUACCUAUUGUGCCUUCGUCUCCUCCGUUCCCAAGAGAAAGAGGACACCUCCUUCCCUCAGAAGUGCUGGGACUGUUCUGCUACAAGCUGGAACCCCUGGUUUAUGCUGGUAAAGAAAGUGGAUUGGGUAAAAAGAUGGAUGAGGCUGAGUAUUUGGCCUGUUUCUACUGAUGUUACACUAAGUGUAUGGAAAGAGCCUUACUUUUCUUCUGCAAUCAAGAAUUCAGUUUGCUGCUUGCAUUGCACUUGCCUGGGACAGGCUGGGAUGCCUUCUGUUCCUCUCUGGGUUCCUAGCCCUGUGUCCUGGGGAAGGCUACCUGUGUUUACAAAGAGUAUUUUGACUCUCAAAAAGGCAGGAGGUCAGGGGUGAUGUGUUUUUCUUGUUCCAACACAUACACUAAAGAAUGUAACCCUUCCCCAAGAUAAGGCAGUAAUUUCAGUAAAUACAUGUUCUGGACAAUCUCCAGUCUCACGUUA